AUGGUCGUUUGCAGUUGUACAGAGGAAACCCACGUGGUAAAGGUACCCAGGCAGGAAUUAUUAAUGGCCGUAGGUGUUACGAGCGCGAAGAUUGCCGCUUUUAGCCAGAUCCAGGAAGAAAUUCCUGGCAUCGAGGGCCGUGCGCGCGCGGCGGACUUUGACGAUCCCCUAAGUGAAAUAUCAUUGACAAUCACUCACGUGAGAUCUUUAUCGGCUGGUAACGUGAUCUCUGACCCUACCAAACUCGGGAGCAGUUUUAUGCGAGCUCCCGCGGCGCGUGAAUAUACACCCAGUGGGUGCUGUUGCUCCGCGGUGGAAGAACCCGGUGAGAUCGUUGGAAGAUCGUUGGAAGAUCGAGGCAGGAAUGUAACGCGGCCCGUGAGCCUCGGGAUGGCAAUGGAAUCACAGAAAAGUAUUCGGCCGGGUUCGCGUGGAAGCCACGGUACGGCGUUCCGCACGCAGGAACGCGACUGCCAAUAA